UUCUUCCUAUAACAAAUUAAACAACCCACCACAAACUUAUUUAUCACACACUCAUCAUCUUUUUUUUCUUCCAUGCUUGCUCCAACUUUCUUUCUCCAUUUUCUCAUCAACACUUGUCUUGUCUUUGAAAAUUUAUUUUAUGGAUUUUAAUAUCUUUUUUAUGACCUAAUUAUUAAUAUCUUUGGUUUCUUCCCUAUGAGUCCGAUGGUUUUUUCUUUCAUGAGAUGACUUCUGAAAGAAAAGUGAAUUUAUAAAUUGAAAAAAAUAGGGUUUAAUUGUGUAUUUUAUUGGAGCUUGGUACACCUUAUACUAGGGUUUAAUUUUAUUAUAAAAUUAUUGUUUCUUAUAAAAAAUUACUAUUUGUGCCUUGAUCUAAUUAAUUAAAUCAAAAGGGUCUUUCAUCUAGUUAAUUUUUUAUAAAUUUAAUUAAUUUCUUUUGAGUUCAUCAAGUUUUGUUUGAGAAGAUGAGGAUUUCUGGUCCUAAAGAGAAAAGAGAUGAAUUUUGUUGUUUAAAUUAAAUCAAAAGGGUCUUUCAUAUAAUUAUUAUCUUUUUAUAAAUUUAAUAAAUUUCUUUUGAGUUCAUCAAGUUUUGCUUGAGAAGAUGAGGGUUUCUAGUCUAAAGAGAAAAGAGAUGAAUUUUAUUGUUUAAUUUUCUUCAAAAAAACACACAGAAACAUACAAACAAAAAGAUCAAGUAUAGAGUUGAUCAGAAACAUAAGAUGGGGAGGGGAAAGAUUGAGAUAAAAAGGAUUGAGAAUACAACAAAUAGGCAAGUGACUUUUUGCAAGAGAAGGAAUGGACUUCUGAAGAAAGCUUAUGAACUAUCAGUUUUGUGUGAUGCUGAAGUUGCUCUCAUUGUCUUCUCCAGCCGUGGCAGACUUUAUGAAUAUUCAAACAACAACAUAAGGUCAACAAUUGAUAGGUACAAAAAAGCUUGUUCAGAUCAUUCAAGUACCACCACUACCACUGAAAUUAACGCUCAGUAUUAUCAGCAAGAAUCUGCAAAGCUGAGACAACAAAUACAGAUGCUGCAAAAUUCUAACAGGCACUUGAUGGGUGAUGCAUUAAGCACACUCACUGUGAAGGAAUUGAAGCAGCUGGAGAAUAGACUUGAAAGAGGAAUCACUAGAAUUAGAUCUAAGAAACAUGAGAUGCUACUGGCUGAAAUUGAAUACUUUCAGAAAAGGGAGAUUGAGCUGGAAAAUGAAAAUCUUUGUCUUCGGACUAAGCAAAUGCAGAUAAAUGAUGUUGAGAGGCUUCCUCAAGUGAACAUGGUUUCUGGACAAGAGCUGAAUGCAAUCCAAGCAUUAGCAUCUCGUAAUUUUUUCAAUCCAAACAUGAUGGAAGAUGGUGAAACUUCCUACCAUCAAUCAGAUAAGAAGAUUCUUCAUCUUGGGUGAUGAAUAAUAAAUAAUAUUAGCAUUUGCUAUAUGACUACCUAUCCAAUUAGCUAUUAAUGCUCAUUAGCCCAAGUGACCAAUUAAGUCCUUAAAUUUUCUCCAAUUUAUAUUAUGGUUUUUUUUUGUGAGGGCAUAUUAUGGACUUUAUGUAUGUAUGUGUGUGUGUUAUUAUUAUGUCAAUGUAUGUUGUUAGAUCAAAUAAUAAUAAUAAACAAUUAUUAUAUAUGUAUGACAAUUGAGGGUGAGCUAGUAUUGAGUAUUGUGGAACCACUUUCAAGAAA